GCAAAUUUUAAGAGCCCCCGAAACGGAUCAUUAUAAAGAAGUGGUGACGGUGGCCUUUCGAAAAAUGUUAUUUUCCUUGGGUCCUUCUAAAAGUGCUAUUAUAACACGGGCAGCCCCUGGAAGUUCUCCCUGGAGCAGAAGGGGAACCUUCUCCCGAACUGGAAUUGAGGCGCGCUGCUAAGCCCGGUGCAGGCCUGUGUGCUGCCCCGCUCCCCGCCAUGGCCCUGUCGGGCCUGAAACCCUGUCUCCUGCUGCUGCUACAGCUGCUGCUGCCGCCUCCUGUGUCCUCUGCCUCCGACAAGCCCCGAGGCAGCAACCCUGUUAACCCAGAGAAAUUGUUGUUGAUCACUGUGGCCACCUCAGAGACAGAGGGAUACCAGCGUUUCUUGCAGUCUGCAGAGUAUUUCAACUACACUGUCCGCACCCUGGGCCUGGGACAUGAGUGGCGAGGGGGUGAUGUGGCUCGAACAGUUGGUGGAGGCCAGAAAGUCAGGUGGCUAAGGAAGGAAAUGGAGAAAUAUGCAGACCGGGAGGACAUGGUCAUCAUGUUUGUGGACAGCUAUGAUGUGAUUCUGGCUGGCAGCCCCUCCGAGCUACUGAAGAAGUUCGUCCAGAGUGGCAGCCGCCUGCUCUUCUCUGCAGAGGGCUUCUGCUGGCCUGACUGGGGACUAGCAGAGCAGUACCCUGAGGUGGGCACGGGGAAGCGCUUCCUCAACUCUGGUGGAUUCAUCGGCUUUGCCCCCACCAUCCACCAAAUUGUCCGCCAGUGGAAGUACAAGGAUGACGAUGAUGAUCAACUGUUCUACACGAGACUCUACCUAGACCCAGGGCUAAGGGAAAAACUCAGCCUUAAUCUGGAUCAUAAAUCUUGGAUCUUCCAGAACCUCAAUGGGGCUUUAGAUGAGGUGGUCUUAAAGUUUGAUCAGAAUCGUGUGCGAAUCCGGAAUGUGGCCUAUGAUACACUCCCUGUUGUGGUCCAUGGAAACGGUCCCACUAAGCUCCAGCUGAACUACCUGGGCAACUAUGUUCCCAAUGGCUGGACUCCCCAGGGAGGCUGUGGGUUUUGUGACCGGGACCGGAGGAUACUCCCGGGGGGGCAGCCUCCCCCCCGGGUGCUUCUAGCCGUGUUUGUGGAACAGCCCACCCCGUUCCUGCCUCGUUUCCUUCAGCGACUACUGCUCCUGGACUACCCCCCUGACAGAGUUGCCCUCUUCCUGCACAACAGUGAAGUGUACCAUGAGCCACACAUCGCUGACGCCUGGCCACAGCUCCAGGACCACUUCUCAACUGUGAAGCUGGUGGGACCAGAGGAGGCUCUGGGCUCGGGCGAAGCCAGGGACAUGGCCAUGGAUAGUUGCCGGCAAGACCCCGAGUGUGAAUUUUACUUCAGCCUGGACGCCGACGCCAUCCUCACCAACCUGCAGACUCUGCGCAUCCUUAUUGAACAGAACAGGAAGGUGAUUGCCCCCAUGCUGUCCCGUCAUGGCAAGCUGUGGUCCAACUUCUGGGGGGCCCUAAGCCCGGAUGAGUACUACGCCCGCUCCGAGGACUAUGUCGAGCUGGUGCAGCGGAAGCGAGUGGGUGUGUGGAAUGUGCCCUACAUAUCCCAGGCAUAUGUGAUCCGUGGAGCAACCCUGAGGACAGAACUGCCCCAGAAAGAGGUGUUCUCAGGAAGUGACACUGACCCAGACAUGGCCUUCUGUAGGAGCUUGCGGGACCGGGUGAGUGGUGGGCUAGCCUGGGGUGUGGGGCCAGGGGGCCUGAUGCUGGGAUAUUGGGGGAUAACCAUGUCAAGUCAUCUCUAUCCUUCUCACACACCCGUCCACCCCACACACCAGGGUAUCUUCCUCCACCUCAGCAAUCAGCACGAGUUUGGCCGGCUUCUGGCUACUUCCCGCUAUGAUACAGACCACCUGUACCCCGACCUCUGGCAGAUCUUCGACAACCCUGUUGACUGGAAGGAGCAGUACAUUCAUGAGAACUACAGCCGGGCGCUAGAUGGAGAGGGGCUGGUAGAACAGCCAUGCCCGGAUGUGUACUGGUUCCCACUGCUGUCAGAGCAAAUGUGUGACGAGCUGGUGGAAGAAAUGGAGAGCUAUGGCCAGUGGUCAGGAGGCCGGCAUGAGGACUCACGGUUGGCCGGUGGCUAUGAGAACGUGCCCACUGUGGACAUCCACAUGAAGCAGGUGGGCUAUGAGGACCAGUGGCUGCAGCUGCUGAGGACCUAUGUGGGGCCUAUGACCGAGAGCCUGUUCCCUGGCUACCACACUAAGACUCGGGCAGUAAUGAACUUUGUGGUCCGCUACCGGCCAGAUGAACAGCCCUCCCUGCGGCCACAUCACGAUUCAUCCACCUUCACUCUCAACGUUGCCCUCAACCACAAGGGCCUGGAUUAUGAGGGAGGUGGCUGCCGAUUCCUGCGCUACGACUGUGUGGUUUCAUCACCGAGGAAGGGCUGGGGGCUCCUGCACCCCGGUCGCCUCACCCACUACCACGAGGGGCUGCCUACAACUCGGGGCACUCGCUAUAUCAUGGUGUCCUUUGUCGACCCCUGAAACUCAACCACUCUGCCAAACAUUCCCUGCCAAUUGUGCCUUCUUGGGGCGCCCGGCCCCCCAUCCUUGGAGAAGGGGCUCUGUCCCAUCUCCUGCUUCUUGACUGUAUGUCCUAUGUGCCGGGGACUGAAAGUGUUGCCUCACCUCCACCCACAGCCCACUCAGGAAGCUCCUGGAAUCCCUGCCAUCCCUGCAGCCCCCAAGGAUUCAUGGGUAACAGGCUUCUGGGGGUUCCCAACAUGAUAAGUUAUUAAGGUUUCUCAGCCUCCCUCUCAGUAAAGGAGGGUUUGUAACUCAGGAGUCUCUGUAUCAUCUCUCACUUCCCUGUUGACCCCAGCCCACCUUCUGCCACCCAGAGUAGAGGGGAAACUGAUACGCUUCAGAAAGGAAGAGAGAGGAAGCAGAGUGUUAGGGUUGUGGGGACCUGGCAGCUUCCCCAGGUGCCACUUCUCACCCCUCGAGCUUCUCUCUUGUUUGAGCUGGGAACGUGUGAAACGGCAAGGAAGAAAUCAGGCUUAUUCCUGACCCUCUGCUCUCUUGGGGCAAAGCUGCAGGGACAGUGCUAGGGAAGGAAGUCCCAGUGAGGAAUGCCAGUGGAGCUUGCCUGUGGCAACUUGAACAAAAGUUUUAGUCAGGCAGGAUCGGGAGUGGGGAAUCUCUGGAGGGUG